UUACAGUGGCGGGAGUUGGAGGCAAUAACGAAUCGUGUUCUGAAGAGCGCAAGCUACGCUUUCUGCCGAACCUGGGGGCAUUUCCACGGCUCUUCCCUCAGUUGAGUCUUCUCUUCCGGCCCAGAUGCUCUUCAAUUCGGUGCUCCGCCAGCCCCAGUUUGGCGUCCCGAAAAAUGGAUGGUCUUCACAAUACCCUCUACAAUCCCUUCUAACUGGUUAUCAGUGCAACAAUAAUGAUGAGCACACUUCUUAUGGAGAAACGGGGGUCCCAGUUCCUCCUUUUGGAUGCACCUUCUCUUCUGCUCCCAAUAUGGAGCAUAUACUAGCAGUUGCCAAUGAAGAAGGCUUCGUUAGAUUAUAUAACACAGAAUCACAAACCAGUAGAAAGAAGUGUAUCAAAGAAUGGAUGGCUCACUGGAAUGCUGUCUUUGACCUGGCCUGGGUCCCUGGUGAACUUAAACUUGUUACUGCAGCAGGUGAUCAGUCAGCCAAAUUUUGGGAUGUAAAAGCUGGCGAGCUCAUUGGAACGUGCAAAGGUCAUCAGUGCAGCCUCAAGUCAGUUGCUUUUUCUAAGUUUGAGAAAGCUGUCUUCUGUACAGGGGGAAGAGACGGCAACAUUAUGGUCUGGGACACCAGGUGCAACAAAAAAGAUGGAUUUUAUAGGCAGGUGAAUCAAAUCAGUGGAGCUCACAAUACCUUAGACAAGCAAACCCCUUCAAAACCCAAGAAGAAACAGAAUUCAAAAGGACUUGCUCCUUCUGUGGAUUUCCAGCAGAGUGUGACUGUGGUCCUCUUUCAAGAUGAGAAUACGUUAGUCUCAGCAGGAGCUGUGGAUGGGAUAAUCAAAAUAUGGGAUUUACGUAAGAAUUAUACUGCUUAUCGACAAGAACCCAUAGCAUCCAAGUCUUUCCUGUACCCAGGUAGCAGCACUCGAAAACUAGGAUACUCAAGUCUGAUUUUGGAUUCCACUGGCUCUACUCUAUUUGCUAACUGCACAGAUGAUAACAUCUACAUGUUCAAUAUGACUGGAUUAAAGACUUCUCCAGUGGCUGUCUUCAAUGGACAUCAGAACUCUACCUUUUAUGUUAAAUCCAGUCUUAGUCCAGAUGACCAGUUUUUAGUCAGUGGCUCAAGUGAUGAAGCUGCCUACAUCUGGAAGGUCUCCACACCUUGGCAUCCUCCUACUGUGCUCCUGGGUCAUUCUCAAGAGGUCACGUCUGUGUGCUGGUGUCCAUCAGACUUCACAAAGAUUGCUACCUGCUCUGAUGACAAUACACUGAAAAUCUGGCGCUUGAAUAGAGGCUUAGAGGAGAAAUCCGGAGGAGAUAAACUCUCCAUAGUGGGUUGGGCCUCUCAGAAGAAAAAAGAGGCAAGAGCUGACCUAGUAACAGUGACAAGUAGCCAGAGUACUCCUGCCAAAGCCCCCAGAGUAAAGAGCAGUCCGUCCAUUUCCUCCCCAUCAUCAGCAGCUUGUGCUCCAAGCUGUGCUGGAGAUCUCCCUCUUCCUUCAAAUACUCCCACGUUCUCCAUUAAAACCCCUCCUGCCAAGGCCCGGUCUCCCAUCAGCAGAAGAGGCUCCGUCUCCUCGGUCUCUCCCAAGCCGCCUUCAUCUUUCAAGAUGUCCAUUAGAAAUUGGAUGACCCGAACACCUUCUUCAUCACCACCCAUCACUCCACCUGCUUCUGAGACCAAGCUUAUGUCGCCAAGAAAAGCCCUCAUUCCAGUGAGCCUGAAAUCAUCCCAAGCAGUGGCUUGCUCUGAGUCUAGAAAUAGAGUAAAGAGGAGGCUAGACUCAAGUUGUCUGGAGAAUGUGAAACAAAAGUGUGUGAAGAGUUGUAACUGUGUGACUGAGCUUGAUGACCCAGUUGAAAAGCUUCAUUUGGAUCUGUGCUGCCUUGCUGGUAACCAAGAAGACCUUGGUAAGGACUCUCUCGGUCCAACCAAACCCAGCAAGAUUGAAGGAGCUAGUAUGAGUAUCUCAGAGCCUCCUUCUCCUGCCAGUCCUUAUGCUUCAGAAGGCUGUGGAACGUUACCUCUUCCUUUGGGAUCUUGUGGUGAAGGAUCUGAAGUGGUAGGCAAAGAGAAUAGCUCCCCAGAGAAUAAAAACUGGUUAUUGGCCAUGGCAGCCAAACGGAAGGCUGAGAAUUCAUCUCCACGAAGUCCAUCAUCCCAGACCCCCAAUUCUAGAAGACAGAGCGGAAAGACUUCUCCAGGCCCGGUCACCAUUACGCCCAGCUCCAUGAGGAAAAUCUGUACAUACUUCCAUAGAAAAUCUCAAGAUGACUACUGUAGUCCUGAACAGUCAACAGAAUUAUAGAUACUAAUCUGAGUGAGUUAACUGAACUUUGGCCCAUUUAAAACAAGAUAAAAAAUGCAGCAGAGUGACUUGGUAACUCUGGUCUUUAAGAAACCUACCGUUUUUUUCAUUUUUAGAGAAAAUUCUUUCUACUCUGAGAUUUACCUAGUCUGGUACUACUACCAUAGUGUAUGCACACUUUCCUUGGGAUGAAUGCUGUGUUUAAAUUUCAUAAAGUAAGUUUGCCACUCUGUAACAUUUUGAAUGAGUAGUCUUCACUUUUUAACUUAUGCAUCUUUGCUACAAUAAUGACAUCCCAGCUCAUAGAGGCAGAAAACAAGAUUCAGAUCUUAUUACUCUGAGACUCUGUGCACAGUGGAAAGGAUCUGCCUAGCCACCGCAGGAGGCCUGUCUGUGAAGGCCAACUGCUGACAAAGUCUUCUGCUGAAGACCCCUGGAUCUAUGCUGCCUCAAAUAUAAUUUCAUUUAAAAUAUAUAAUCUUUUCACUACACUUUUGUGAGUUUUUCUUAAGUAUGUGUAAAAAUGUGAUGUUCAGAUAAGUACAUUUAUGUUGAUUCAGUGUUAAAAUACAAUCUCUUAAGCUAAAAUCAUCUUUAUUUUAAAAGCAGUGAUUAAUGUCGACUCUUUGGAGAAACUAGGAGAACAACACUAGAAACCUUUGUCUUUUUUCCACCAAAUAUACCUCCCAUAUGAGAUUUAAGGUCCCCGUAUUUUUACCAAGCAAUCUUACCAUGUUACCAAUCCAACAUCACAUUCUAUAAGAAGUUAUAGUUUUUGCCAUUUAUUAGAGGAAGAAGAUUAUAAAAUCAAUAGUCAUACACUGAAGCUGGGGUUUGAAUUCAGUUCUCAGUUUUCUGGGGGCUGCAACUUUUUAAAAAAAAUAAGUCAUAUUUUAAGAAAAAGUAAUGAUUUUACUGGUAUUUUUAUAAAAGAAGAUAGCCUCAAACUGAAAAUCUAGAACCUAAGAAAUAAAUCUUGGCUUUAACUUGAUUUUUUGGAUUCUCUUCAUAUACAUGAAAAGCUAUGACCUUCUGGUAUAGCCCUGAGCCAAAAAGUCAUGGAAUUUUCUCUUAUUUAAUAUAGAGAGUGUAUAGACUGACUCUAAGUUAAUAAUAUGUAAAAUGUCUUGAACAUCUCUUCCCUUAAUCAACAGUUAUGUAUCAAUCAUCUUGAAAUGAACCAUUGUUUUAUGUUUUUCCCCUUUGUAAUCUAUAGAAACAAGUUCCAUUUGCUUUCUAUGUACCGUGUCCUUGAAAGAGAGUCCCCUUCCAAUCAUGAAACUUGAUUCAUUUUAUCCAUAUCCCUGAGGACUAUGUAGACUUUAUUCAUAUUUUCAUCAUGAUUUUAAAAUCUAUUCUUAAUGAUAACUCUUUAAUUCCUUUGAUUCUUAUAAUGUAAGUUUGUAACAACCAGAACUGUGUAGGUCAAUUAAACAUGGAUUCUCUAUGGUUUUAUCCAAGGAGAAAAAUAAAGGGAAGCUGUAGAGUUGCUGUUUUUGAAACAAAGCACACCAUAGCAUUAACUGAAUAUUUAGGAGCUCUUCUUAUUUUUCGUGUUUGAUUUUUGUGUAUUAGACUGUGGGGAGGUAUUAUUUAUGACCAAUACCUGCCAAUAAUGCUAUCUAUUGUUCUUGCUUUGAAAGCCAGUGGGAAAAAGAAUUCAUGAAAAAGAAAAGGAUAACUAAAGUAGAUGGUUUUGUUCUUUGUAUCCCUGCACAUCUCCUGACAGCUUUCCUGAAGGAAAUUGGGGUAAAUGUGGCUGUCAGAAACUGUGCUGAGAGUCUACUGGGUGUAAUAGGUCCCACUUGGAAAAUAGAACUUCAGAUGGGUGCCAAAGGUCAAAUGUAAUGAGAUAAUAAUUAUCCCUGCUGUGUCGGUGUCAGACUUUGAGCUGAUCCUGACUAAUAAAGCCUUUUACUUUA